CAAGCCACUGCACAAGUCUGUCGCCGACCUCGGGCAGCGUGAGGUUGCCCUUCUUCCGAUCAUCCUCGAGGAGGGCACCCUCGAGACGGUCGGCCACCUCGUUAACGGAGGCCGACAUGAGAGAUGUGGGUUUCGGGGCCAAAGGAUCAGGAGGAAAAUAACCAGCACGCCCCCGCUUGACAACGACCUCGCCCUGCUCAGUGCGAGGGCGUUUGCCCAAGGCCGACUCGUGGCCCCCGCCAUCGCGAUCGCUGGAUUCGACCAGAGCUUUGGUCGAUGCAGCAAUAACGGUUUUAGAAGAGUGAUGGACGAGGGGCAGUUUUUCUUGACUUUUGGUUUUGGACGAGACGUUAGGCUCGGAGGUUUUAUCGGCAGCUUUGCUUUGAGAGCUGGUCUUGGAGGGGGAGGUUCGAUUUUGCGGUCGAUUGGGAGGAAGAUUGGUGCGGCUGCUGUUGAUGUUUGGGUGGCAGGGGUUGCUUCGGUUGUUGUUGUUGUUGUUGUUGUUGUUGCUUCGGUUGUUGAUGUUGUUGUUGUUGUUGCUUCGGUUGUUGUUGUUGUUGUUGUUGUUGGUGUUGUUGUUGUGGUGUACCCUGGGGCGGCGGAGGAGGAAGAGGAGCCUGUUGUGAGGGAGAUUGCUGUUGCGACUCUGGCCGAGGCCCGUCGGAGCUGGUCGAGCCAUCGACCUUCUCGUUGGUCGAGCCGGCAGCUGCCCCCGAUUUCUUUUUUAGAGGCGUCUUUAUCAAGGGAAU